AUGCAAGAUAUCUUCCACGUUGGUUAUCCAAGCGAGCAGCAGAAACAGCCAUCAUUUAGCCCAAACCCCAAUACUAAGACAGCAUCCACCAUUUUGGAUAUCCUCGGGGAACGACCUGAAUUUUCAAAGCUUCUUGAACUGGUGCGAAAGUAUGAGGAUUUGAAGGAUAUUCUAGCCGAUACUGGUACUCUGACCACAUUGUUCGCACCCACAAACGAAGCCUUUGAUUCUGUAUCAGAUAUCGACUAUCCCACCCAUGAUGUGCUGAUGUACCAUAUUGCAGAUCAGGUUUACAAUUCAUCCAGCUUACGGAAGGAGCCGGUCAUCAAGUCACUCUUUCAGACUAAGGGCCUCGAAAACUCCCCUCAGUACCUGCGUGUUUCCCAAAAGCACCCCAGUAUUCCUUCGGUCGAUCCCAGACGCACUUAUUGGAGGCAUAGGCCCGUCUGGAUCACUGCUUCUUCAGGCAGUGAUCAAGGGGUCAAUGUUGAUGAGGGCGUAAAGACUGUUUAUAAAGGGCUUGGCGGCGACAGAUCAUCUAUCUACAUUAAUCGUGCAAAGGUCACCAUCCCUGAUUUGUUGGCUCAAUCGGGUGGCAUCGUUCAUGGAGUCAAUAAAAUCAUUCUCCCGCCUGGUGAGACCAUCUUGGACGAAAUUGAGAGGCAAGGGGAGCACUUCAAGUAUCUUGUCAAAGCUUGGUCUGAGACCGGCGUAGAUGCCCAUAUCCGAGAUGGAAAGGGCAUAACGCUCUUUGCAGCCCACGAUAAGGCAUGGGAUGCCUUGCCAAAGGAUUUGCUCGAGUGGCUGUUUUCAAACAUGGGUCGUGAGCACCUGAAGAUCGUCACCAUGUAUCAAUUCGGAAAUAGGCCUGUUUACACGCCCGAGAUCUUUAACACCUCACAGGGAGAUGGUUAUCACGAGGUCGUCCUCCCUACGCUUCUUCACUCCGCAAAGUACGAGCUUCGUAUCCUUGCUAAGGCUAGAAGAAGCAGCCCUAUCAGUGCUCCCAUAACCAGCCAACCAGAAUAUGAGGGCCCCGAGAAUUGGCUAGGAUUCAGGGGAAGGAGAUCAAGUAAAAAAUAUGCGUGCCACCAUCACCAUCGUCGUCAUCAUAAAAAGAGCCGAAAGGGCCGACCAAAGCACCGGAACCCGACCCCGCACCGCGAUGAGAUUAUUGUCAACAAGGAGGCACAUGUCCUUUAUGGGCUAGAGAACUGGAUCGCGGGAAAUGGCGUGAUCCAUGUGGUGGACAAGGUGCUGAUGCCUCCCCGGAGUGAGGGCUGUGAAAAAAUGAGUGCUAUUGAAUGUUCUGCGUGGGAAUUUAUGUGGGACCUUGCCCAAGUUGGUUCAGGUACUAUGAUGGACGAGGCGCUAGUCAGGCAGGAAGACUUGGUCCUGGUUGAUGAAGACAAGUAAGGUUACAUAAAGAAGGAGAAGAAGAGGAAGGAAGAUGAAGAAGAAC